GUUAUAGCCAGAUCCAAAGGCCAAGCCCAGUAUUGAAUGUAAUAGGCAGUCUGUAGGCUGAAGGCACACUGCUACUGCCAACAGAGAAGGAACGGAGAGAGAUAGAGAGACGGCGAGAAGGCAACCUGAUCCUCCGCGGUUGUUUCUUCAUCGGAGCUAACGGAGUGGGAACUAGCACGUUUUGUUUUUUCGGUUUCUGCUACUUUUGUCGAUCUUCAGAUGGUUUCUGUUUGAAGCAUCGACAGCUGAGAGUAUUGGACUCGACUAGUGGCUUAUCGGAAGGAUUUGGAAACUCGAAAGGGGUUGAUGGAUAGUGCUGAUGAUUUGACUUUUAGGAUUAUUUUCUCGGGAGAUGGAGCGGGUAGGUUGCGGGACAAAGUGAAGGAAAAGCUGAAGGAAUUUAUGGGGGACUACACAGAUGACACUUUAGUGGAAUAUGUGAUUGUCCUGCUUAAAAAUGGCAGGCGCAAAGAAGAAGCAAGAAAUGAGUUAAAUGUGUUUUUGGGUGAUGACAGUGACUCUUUUGUAUCAUGGCUGUGGGAUCAUUUGAGAUCAAACCUAAACCUAUAUGCCCAACAAAAAGAAUCUGAAGUGGUGAAACUGAAAAAGGAGGAUUCUGAAUCAGCAGAGGGGAUUAAAUCCAAGAAACGAGCCAGCAAAGAUUGGAGAGGGGUUAUGAGAGAUCCGGAUGAACCACCUCCACUUCGAAGUGCAGUGAUUGCCAACAUUCAUGAAGACGAUAAUGCCCUUCAAAAACGUUCAUCUUCACCCCCUCCACCACUAAUUCAGAGGAAAAGAGGCCGAAGUGGUGAUAGGGCUCAGAAUCAGAUCGAUGAUGAAAGAUCACAACUCAAGAGAGAACCAGUUUCUAAACCCAGUGUAGGGGCAUCACGUAGGCUACUACAAUUUGCAGUGCGAGAUGCAGUUGCCACAUCUCGGUCAACCGGUUUGACUUCAGAGCCAUCAUUAAAGCGAUUGCGGUCAGUAGUUUCUACACCCAAUGAGGAUUUCCAAAGCCGCCCGAAACUCCGGUCAGUUGCCCGAGUCCCAAAAGCCAUGGCUGUUGCCAUUAAAGCUGUAGCAGAUGCUGCUAAAGACGUUGUAAAAGUCAAACCCUCGGGCAACGUGUUUGACCGGCUUGGGCGUAGUGUGGAGGACGAUUUAUCAGAUACCCCUCACCAUCACCAGUUCACAGAAUAUAGAGAAAUUGCUGAUGAAGAUACUCAAAUUAUAGAGGCUACUGUUCCUACUUAUUAUGAUGCCGGAAUAGCAGCCAGCUUUGCGUAUGAUAAUGAAGGGUAUGAUGUUGUUGAUCGAAGGGGCAAAAUGGGUAUUUCGCAGAUUGGUAAUGAGUCGGUGAUGUUAGACUACAAUGCGGUAGAUGUUGUGGAUGGGAUUGGUAAUAAUAAUAAACCACAAAGAGAUCAGAAUUCUUCAAAUAAGAUGGUGAAUGUUUCUUCGAAUGUAAAUAGUGGAAAACCAUCUCAUUAUCCGAAACCAAGGGCGAUUUUGGAAAUGGAGAAUCAGAAGCUUGUACAGGAGACUGCCAAUUCUAUAAUUGUUAGCAAUGGAAAUGGGGCACCCACUAUACAUGCUCAAAGGGAGAUCCAGAAGACACUGCCGUUGACUGGUGUAAAUCCCAUUGGUCGUCCUACUGAUGACGUGGAUUUUCGCACGAUUUUUGUCAGCAAUGUCCAUUUUGGUGCCACUAAAGACAGUCUUUCUCGGCACUUCAACAAAUUUGGGGAUGUGCUGAAAGUGGUUAUAGUAACUGAGGCAGCAACUGGACAGCCAAAAGGAUCAGCUUAUGUGGAGUUCAUGAGAAAAGAGGCAGCAGAAAAUGCUUUGUCUCUAGAUGGUACAUCCUUUAUGUCACGUAUUCUUAAGGUUGUAAGGAAAAGCUCUGCUCAUCAAGAAGCUACAACCACCACCACAACCACCACCACCACACCGGUAACAUCAUGGCCCCGGGCAGCCGCCUCCCGGGGUUCUCCAUUUGCCGCCUCAAGAUUCGGAAGAGUUCCAUUCCCGACCCUAUACAGACCCCGCCUCCCUAUCAAAUCCGGUGCUCGAAGCUUUCAAUGGAAACGCGAUGCCCAAAACCCAUCAUCGGAAAACAUUCCUAGCCCUACGGCUGCUGCCAUCCCGUCUCCGACCACUGCCGCCCGCAGCCUCACGUAUGUCCGCCCAGAGGCCGCCAAGACUGCUGGAAGUUCCAACAAUGCCUAAAUUUCAUCACUUGGUGGGGACAACAACAUGGUCAUUUACACGUUGGAGAAGCGGUAAAUAACGACCUAUUUUCUAGUUGCACGAACGAAAGGUUUUGAUGAGUUUUUUUGUGGGAUUAUUUUUGGUCCUGAUUGGGUUUUGUGGUGGAGUAGGAAAGACUAAGGAGGAGCGAAUGCUUUUUUAUCUCUCUCAAUAUAUAUAUAAAUGAUUAGUAUUUUGAGUUGAUGUAAUAAGAUGAUGCCGAUAUCGGCUAUAUUUGUAACCUGAAUUGACAGACA